CUGCCCGAAGCUCCUCCCCGCCGGCCGCGGGGCCGGAAGCCGCCGCUGUGUGCCCUGUGAACCGGGAAGGGCUCGGUUUGAAUGAGAUCCGGCUGAUUCACCGCGGCCCGGGCGGCUCCGGCCCAGGAAAGAGACCUACUGGUGUCAUCUUUACAGUCAAAAAGUGGAAGCUGCUGCCAAGUUUGUUCUGUGAGCACCUCUUGCUGAGCACCAGAAAUAUGGAUAGACUUCUGCGACUGGGAGGAGGUAUGCCUGGGCUGGGACAGGGGCCACCAACAGAUGCUCCUGCGGUCGAUACAGCGGAACAGGUUUAUAUCUCUUCCCUUGCACUGCUGAAAAUGUUGAAGCAUGGUCGUGCUGGUGUCCCUAUGGAAGUUAUGGGUCUGAUGCUUGGGGAAUUUGUUGAUGAUUAUACUGUGAGAGUGAUUGAUGUUUUUGCAAUGCCACAGUCCGGAACGGGUGUCAGUGUGGAGGCAGUUGAUCCUGUAUUUCAAGCAAAAAUGUUGGAUAUGCUGAAACAGACGGGAAGACCUGAGAUGGUAGUUGGUUGGUAUCAUAGUCAUCCUGGCUUUGGCUGUUGGUUGUCUGGUGUAGAUAUCAAUACUCAGCAGAGCUUUGAAGCCUUAUCAGAAAGAGCUGUUGCUGUGGUGGUGGAUCCCAUUCAGAGUGUAAAAGGAAAGGUUGUUAUUGAUGCCUUCAGAUUGAUCAAUGCUAAUAUGAUGGUCUUAGGACAUGAACCAAGACAAACAACUUCAAAUCUGGGUCACCUAAACAAGCCAUCUAUCCAGGCACUAAUCCAUGGACUAAACAGACAUUACUAUUCCAUCACCAUCAACUACAGGAAGAAUGAACUAGAACAGAAGAUGCUGCUUAAUUUGCAUAAGAAGAGUUGGAUGGAAGGUUUGACACUUCAGGACUACAGUGAACAUUGCAAACUCAAUGAAACAGUAGUGAAGGAGAUGUUAGAAUUAGCUAAGAAUUAUAACAAGGCUGUUGAAGAAGAAGAUAAGAUGACACCUGAACAGCUGGCAAUAAAAAAUGUUGGCAAGCAGGACCCUAAACGUCAUUUAGAAGAGCAUGUGGAUGUGCUGAUGACCUCAAACAUUGUCCAGUGUUUAGCUGCUAUGUUGGAUACAGUUGUAUUUAAAUAACUGAUUUACCGUUGGUGAUACUUUCUGUGUAUAUUUGUUUAUUGUUUCUUAUACAAAACAGAGACUGUUGAGGCUUUAUUUGAUUAAACCGAGACAUCUGACUUCAUUUGCAAUGUAAGUGCAGCACUAUAACACCUCUCAGUCUCUAAUUGUGUAUUUGCUUCAGUUUCUUUAUGUCAGGGUCCUCACAAAUUCCAAAGUAUUCAAGAACACAAUGUGGGAAAAAAUGGAGUACGUUUUCAUUUAAUAUUUGGGGGGGAAAAUCAGUAGUACAUAUAUAUUUUGAUUGUUGCAACAUAAUAAAAAUACAUUUACAAAUCUG